GAAAAAUGCAAAAAGACCAUGCAAACAAAAUAAAGUAUAACAAUCUGGACGAAUACUACUUUCGGAAAAUCUCUAGCAACAUCUACAGUCACUAACAGACAUGCGCAGAUGAGGCCUCUCUGUCGGAUUUAGUACAUGUGGCGGAGAUUACGGGAUUGCACUUUCGAGGGAAGAUUAUUAAACUAUUAAACAUAAAACUGAAGACGUCUCUACACGUUUUCCCUCUUAUGUGACAUUACGGAAGCCUCUGAAAAAAACUGGUAUAUUAAUUUAAUAUUUUGUUUCGGCGAUCCUCCCGUGAAAGUUGUGCUUUGAGGAAUCGGUCAAAGUGAAACAAAAUGAAUAUUUUACGCGGUUUUAAACAAACCGAAGUAGUCCUAAGAUUCAAAUUAACAUUCGAUAAUUAAGACACGGGACACCGAAUUUUCAAGAACCGGUGGAAUUAAACGAUGUAUAGGAAAGUCAGUUAAGCCCACUCUAACCUUCCUGAAGCCAAGAACCCCCAUCCCAGCGAGCCUGGACGUAGCAACGAGGAGCGUGUAGCCGCUGGUGGCGUGUUUUUUCUAGCCGAGUUGUGGGGCUGGAAGGCCGAGCGUGUAGAAAGUGGGGCGCUCGUCCGGGGGAAGAGAGAUGGCGUGUAUGCUGGAGGCCCCUCUCCGCAUCAGCGUGCUGUCCGUGAGUUCUCAUGCCUCUAUCUAUUGUCCUCUCUAGCGCGGUCGUUUCCUCCGCGCCCUCGGUCAGUGCGCGCACGGUGACUGGAGCUGGAGCGGCGUGUCACCGGCUGAGUUUGGACACGAAGCGAGGGUGUCCGGCGAGCUGCGCGGGGAAACGGGGGCAGCAGAGCGUGGUUUAGAAUUAGAGGGUCGCGGAGCUCAGGGCUGAACGGCUCCGCUGCCCCGGACCCGCCCAUGCUCCAGUGAGUGUGAGCGCCAGGGCUGCGGUGGUAACUGCGCCGCUUCUCCUCCUAGUCCUACCUGUCCCGCGUUUGUGCCCGACGUCACUCUCGUUUUGUUUGCCUACAAAGCGCGGGUGCGUCGGAGGAGCUGCGUGAGACGCGUUCAGGCUCCGCCGGAGUUGUGCUCCUCACGCCUGGAAUGCUUAUUGUGUGUACUGUGUUUCGCUGCAGCGGCGGGACACCUGUUAACAGACGGCCAGUGUGACUGCGGCUUGUGCGCGCGCCCCAGCACGUGCUUCCACCGGAGGUAACAGCUACCAGUCGCCAUUAUGUUGACAGACUGUUUGACCCCGACCCACAGAAAGUGCUUCAGGGAGUCAUUGACAUGAAGAACGCUGUAAUCGGAAACAACAAACAGAAAGCCAACUUGAUCGUGCUGGGGGCUGUACCCAGACUACUGUACCUGCUGCAGCAGCCCACGUCCAGCCUGGAGCUGCGGACCGAGUGCGCUGUGGUGCUGGGCAGCCUGGCCAUGGGCACAGAGAACAACAUCAAGUCCCUGGUGGACUGCCACAUCAUCCCUGCCCUGCUGCAAGGUCUCCUGUGUCAGGACCUGAAGUUUAUCGAGGCUUGUCUGCGUUGUCUCCGGACGGUUUUCAUCAGUCCUGUCACGCCUGUGCAGCUGCUCUUCACGGACCCCACUGUGAUCCCUCAUCUUAUGUCCUUGUUGAGUCGGUCACAACGGACACAGGAGUACAUCACCCAGAUCUUCUCCCAUUGCUGCAAGACCCCUGAACACCAGAUGAUCCUGUACAACCAUGGUGCCAUUCAGAACAUCGCACCCCUCCUCAUGUCUCCCUCCUACAAGGUACAGAUGCAGGCACUGAAGUGCUUCUCAGUGCUGGCCUAUGAGAACACCCAGGUCUCCAUGACACUGGUGAAUGUGUUGGUAGAUGGUGAGCUGCUCACUCAGGUAUUUGUCAAGAUGAUGCAAAGGGACCGACCCAUUGAAAUGCAGCUCACGGCAGCGAAAUGCCUGACGUACAUGUGCAGAGCAGGGGCCAUCAGAACAGAUGAUACCUGCAUCAUAAUGAAGACCCUUCCCUGUCUUGUGCGCAUGUGCAGCAAGGAGCGGCUCUUGGAGGAGCGAGUCGAGGGGGCCGAGACAUUGGCCUACCUAAUGGAGCCCGACGUGGAGCUACAGCGCAUCGCCAGCAUCACGGACCACUUGGUGGCCAUGCUUGCUGAUUACUUCAAGUACCCCAGCUCCGUCAGUGCCAUCGCGGACAUCAAAAGGUUGGACCAUGACCUGAAGCAUGCCCACGAGCUGCGGCAGGCUGCUUUCAAGCUGUACGCAUCGCUGGGCGCCAAUGAUGAGGACAUACGAAAGAAGAUCACAGAGACUGAGAACAUGAUGGACAGGAUUGUUAGCGGUCUCUCAGAAUCCAGUAUCAAGGUGCGGUUAGCAGCUGUCAGGUGUCUUCACAGUCUCUCUCGCUCGGUACAGCAGUUGAGGACGAGUUUCCAUGACCACGCCGUGUGGAAGCCCCUUAUGAAGCUGUUGCAGAAUGCCCCAGAUGAGGUGCUGGUCAUGGCCUCCUCCACACUGUGCAACCUGCUGCUGGAGUUCUCCCCUAGCAAAGAGCCCAUUUUGGAAUCGGGGGUGGUGGAGCUACUGUGUAGCCUGACGCAGAGUGACAGCCCAGCACUACGGGUCAAUGGAAUCUGGGCUCUCAUGAACAUGGCUUUCCAGGCAGAUCAGAAAGUGAAGGUGGAGAUCGUUCGAGCUCUGGGCACAGAGCAGCUCUUCCGCCUGCUGUCAGACCCUGAUGCAAAUGUGCUCAUGAAGACUCUGGGCUUGCUGCGGAACCUGCUGUCUACACGCCCGCACAUUGACCAGAUUAUGAGCUCACAUGGGAAGCAGAUAAUGCAGGCCGUUACCCUUAUCCUGGAGGGAGAGCAUGGCAUUGAAGUCAAGGAGCAGACGCUGUGCAUCCUGGGCAACAUCGCUGAUGGGCACACGGCAAAGGAGCUCAUCAUGACUAAUGAUGAUAUGCUGCAGAAGAUAAAAUCUUACAUGGGACAUUCAAAUGUAAAGCUGCAGCUGGCUGCCACUUUCUGUGUCUCCAACCUCAUAUGGAACGAGGAGGAUGGUGAGGAAGAUGCAGCAACAGCUCACAAGGGGGAUGAUACGGGGGGUAACCCAGUUGCAAGGGGGUCCCAGGAGCGCCAAGAUAAGCUGAGAGAGAUGGGCUUUGUGGACAUCCUACACAAACUCACCCAAGCAUCCGACCCUAAUCUCUGUGACAGGGCCAAGACAGCCAUGCAGCAGUACCUGGCCUGAUUGUGGAUGCAGCAGGAACAGGAUGUUACCCAGCUAACAAUCACUGGGAGCUUUAACUUCCAGAUCACCCUCCCCCUCUAGUUUCACAUUUUUGUUUUGUUGCACAAGACACCUUUGGGUUGCGACACAAGCAUCCCCUACCCAUCCACUCCCAGGGACUCUGAAAGGACAGAAAACAAAGAAGAAGGUCUCUUUUGUUUUUUGAUGUUUUUUUUUUUUUUUUUUUUGUUUUGCUACAGAGAUUUUUGAGAAUUUAGUUGUUUCUGUGGACAUGAGGUGAAGCUGUGACUAGUCAAGAGUGUGUGGUGCCUCCUUUUUACCGGGUGGCUGUGCACUCCUCGAGGAGAAAAGGAGUCGGAUGCUGCAGUUGAAAAUUGACAUUGAAGGAGAGUGUUUGGGACGACUAAAGGGUGAUGCCUCUUUAUUUUAAUAUUUAAUUGUUGAUAUUUUCCUGACUCUAGUGUUAAUGUCAGUUUUUGGCGGGGUACGGGAAAAAUGAAACGGCUCACUUCUGGAUUAUUUUAAAUUUGCUUUCGGUUGUGGACACGUACCUCAAAAAAUAUAUAUAUAU